CUCGUUUGCGAGUUUUAAGGCAGAUUUUGAAGACGUAGCUGGUGUGUGAGUCCUCGUCUUUCGGUUUGCGCUGCGUGUUUGUUUGUCUGAUUCAGGGAACAAUGGCGUUUGUUUCUCAAUUCAGUCAACUUCCAUGCAGGACUCUCUCACUGAAUCCACCGCAGACUCAACUCAUUUCUAAACCCUUGAUUUUCCCCAUCGGUCCGAUUGUGGCUGGCGCCAGAGCCGCGGCGGGGAAGUUAGCGAUCUCAGCCAGACCUGCGUUUAAAGUACGUGCGGUGGAGAACGAUGACGUGUGGGGGGAGGAGAAGAAGGGACCGUACGCAGAUGGUCCGGCUGUGGCGGUCGCCGAAGAGGAGGAAAAGCCUCUGGAGCAAUCGGAGAUUUAUAAACUGAAGAAGGCGUUGGUUGAUUCGUUUUACGGGACCGAUCGUGGAUUACGAGUGAAUAGCGAAACUAGGGCAGAGAUACUUGAGCUGAUUGCGCAGCUGGAAGCGAAAAAUCCAACACCAGCUCCUACUGAGGCUCUGUCUCUGCUCAACGGCAAAUGGAUUCUCGCGUACACAUCGUUCUCGGGUCUGUUUCCCCUGUUGUCUAGGAGUACAUUUUCAUUGGUCAAAGUGGAAGAAAUUUCACAGACAAUUGACUCCGAGGACUUCACUGUCCAAAACUCCGUCCUGUUUUCCGGCCCUCUGGCCACCACUUCCAUUAGUACUAAUGCCAAGUUUGAAGUUCGAAGCCCUCAGCGCGUACAGAUCAUGUUUGAAGAAGGUGUCAUUGGGACUCCGCAGCUGACGGAUUCAAUAGUGAUACCAGAAAAUGUGGAGUUUCUUGGGCAGAAGAUUGAGCUUUCAGCAUUCAGCGGCAUCAUAUCCUCCAUUCAAGACACUGCUUCAAAUGUGGUCAAGACAAUUUCGAGCCAACCCCCAAUCAAGUUCCCAAUCUCGAACGCCAAGGCAGAGUCGUGGUUGUUAACUACUUAUCUUGAUGAAGAUGUUCGAAUUUCACGAGGAGAUGGCGGUAGCGUGUUUGUACUCAUCAAGGAAGGCAGUGCUCUCUUAUCCCCCUAAAACCCUUAAUCUUCUCACUAUAUUCUGCUGUUCCAAGGUGGAAAUGGAGGAGUUCUAUGAAGGGUUCAUAGGGAACUGAAUUAUUAUUUAAAGUUGCUGUCAAAUUCGUAAAUGGUAUUGCCUUUUGUUAAGGGCCAGCUUCAAUUCGCUAUGUCUUCUGUUAAAUUGGUAGUGGUCACUUGAGUAACAGAAGUUAUUCAAUGGUAUGAAAAGCUUGUUUGGAUUAGUAUUUUAUAUCCUAUUAAUUACUGUCUUUUGGGAUGGA